UGUGUUGAGCGAGGCGUAUAAAAGGGGCAUCCUUCCAACUCAGCAGAGAAGUGUUCUCCUCACUCUCACACACUCCUCUAACACGCUAAACAUCCUCUCUCAAGAUGACUGCGGGGCCGUGUGUGUGCAUCAUAUUGGCAGUCCUCUGUACAAGCUGUCUGGGGCUCCCCUUUUCCUCUCAGCCCCCAAAUGAGGGCCAGCAUUCCCUCUCUGCUCUUUCUGAAGCUCUGCUUGAGGCUGACAUCCACACCUUGGGAGAGCCCCACCUCCGACACAGCCGCUCUGCCCCCCAACUGAAAGCUCUUCCUCUGGCUGAUGAGGAUGCAGAGUCCCGGGCUAACCUCGGUGAGCUGCUGGCAAGACUCAUCUCCUCCAGGAAAGGUUCUGUGCGCAGAAACUCGACGGUGAACAGCAGAGGCAGCGGACUUAGUGGCAACCAUCGGAUAGCAGACAGGGAUUACUUGGGCUGGAUGGAUUUUGGCCGCCGCAGUGCAGAGGAGUACGAGUACUCCUCGUAAAAAAAGGGGAGUCACGGCUCAUACCUCCUCCACAAGCACAUGAGAAAAAGAAGAAACCAACCCACACAAGCUGGCUCAUCACUGUCUCACAAUAAGAGUAUUUAUGAUGCAUUUGUUGUACAUUUGUUAGUAAAGCUGUAAUAAUGCAAUAUACAUAUGCCAACUUUUGCAGAAAAGCUCUGUGUCCAGCAUUUGUUUGUUUCUGAUUUCCUCUGGUUUUUAUUUUUGGGUGAAAAGGAUUGGCUGACUGUUGAGACUUGACUGAAUAAAGAUUGAAAAUAUCA